AUGUCCUCUCUCCUCUUUCUCCUUCUCCUCCUACUACUUUCCUCCUCACCUCCUCCAACUCUCUCCCAGCAAAACGCCACCGUCGCAUGCCCCCUCAACUUCACCGUCCUCCGCCGGUUCGACCCGGCCUCCAACCGCCCCAAAUUCGACCGCAACACCGAGUGCCAGUACAUCCUCCAAGGCCUCCGGCUCGUCGAAGCACAGUACCUCCAGCUCACCGGCUCCUUCCUCCCCCCACCCAACGCCUCCGAGUCCUGCUGGGCCGCCUACCAAGCACUAGCCUCCGAGUUCAUCCCCAAUUUCGACAUUCGCUCCUCCUGCGGCUUCGAGACCAGCUGGAUUUCGCAGGGCUGCAUGAACAUCACCACCAGGCAGCAAUUCGAAGCCCUGGUCGGAAACGCAACGCUUAAGGACGUCGUCGACAACUGUAACCAGUCUCUCGAGAACAGCUCGCCCUGUGCCUCUUGCACCACCAGCUUGUCCAGCUUGCAAGCCUCGUAUUUGACCGGCAAGUCCGUCGGGAACGUCUCCACUUGCACGGCGUACCCGUCGGUGUAUGCGGCGGCUUUCGCCAAUCAGUAUGGGCCGGCCGAUGCCGGCACCGCCGAGUGCCUGUUCGCGCUCAAUUUCUCGACGCAGGGCUCCGGUAAGAAGAAAAGGACUGUUAUUUUGAUUUCUUUGGUUGCUUGUGGUGUUGCGUUGUUGGUUAUAAUUGGCGGUGUUUGGUUCUUGUGGCAUAAAUAUGACCAAUUUAUGAUCAAGAAGAGGAGAAAGGAUUAUAAUGAUAAAAUUGAGAAGGGUUUGGGUUCUGCCUUAGAGUCAAUUAGUGGAAGCACUACUUUGAUUAAGUUUAAAUACGAAGAGAUUAGUGCCGCAACUAAGAAUUUCUCUAGGGACAACAUAAUUGGACGAGGAGGCUAUGGGAAUGUGUACAAGGGCAUUUUGGAUGAUGGCUCUGAAGUUGCAUUGAAGAGGUUCAAGAAUUGCUCGGCUGCUGGCGACGCGAAUUUCGCUCACGAGGUUGAGGUGAUUGCAAGUGUCAGGCAUGUCAAUCUUGUUGCUUUGAGAGGUUAUUGCACUGCCACUACUCCUUUGGUGGGUCACCAGAGGAUCAUUGUGUGUGAUUUGAUGAAGAAUGGAAGCCUCCAUGACCAUUUGUUUGGGUCUUUUGGUAGCAAGCUUAGUUGGCCAAUCCGUCAAAGGAUUGUGCUGGGGACUGCAAGGGGAUUGGCAUAUUUGCAUUAUGGGGCUCAACCGGCUAUUAUCCACAGGGAUAUCAAAGCUAAUAACAUACUUUUGGAUGAGGCAUUUGAGGCCAAGGUGGCAGAUUUUGGACUUGCAAAGUUUACAGAAGAGGGAAUGACGCAUAUGAGCACGAGGGUGGCUGGAACGAUGGGUUAUGUUGCUCCCGAGUAUGCAUUGUAUGGGCAAUUGACGGAGAAAAGUGAUGUGUAUAGUUUUGGUGUUGUGUUUCUUGAGCUUUUGAGUGGAAAGAAAGCGCUUCAUGUGACUAACGAUAACGAGCCAUUGCUCGUGACUGAUUGGGCGUGGGCGUUGGUGCGAAAUGGAAAACCCCUGGAUGUUAUUGAUGAUGAUAUGCCGGAGAAGGGUGCACCUGAAGUUUUAGAGAAGUAUGUAUUGAUUGCUGUUCUUUGUUCUCACCCACAGUUGUAUGCUAGGCCAACAAUGGAUCAGGUUGUGAAAAUGUUGGAAACAGACUUGUCAGUUCCCUCAAUCCCAGAAAGACCGGUUUCCAUUGUGGCUAAUAUUGAAGACAUUGAAAGACACAGCAGUAGUGGGUCACUUCAGCUCUCUAGUUCAGGUGGCUAUCAGUCUUAUACAUUUGAAAGUCCCCUCCCUUUUAACCCUAAGGGAGACGGAGAAAGUUCAUUUUCCGGAGUAUCAACUGUGUGA